GCACCCCCACAAAGAAAACAUAAACAGGUCCUGCCUGCCUGCCCUUGAAGGUUUGUAAAUUCAACAAAGCCGCCCCCUUUUUUCUUUUGAGCCUACAAAUAUGAAUUUCUUCCUCACAUUUUCUUCAAACCCUCUUUUCCUUUUUCAUCUUUUUGCUUUAUAACAUCAACAACAACAACAACAACUAACUCUGUUCUACCACAAAACAAAAUCAUCUUUUUUAAGGUUCUAAAGAACAGAACACCUCGUUCUUGCUUCGUUUCCUAAGGGUUUAAUCGAGGAAUAUAGACACAUAUUUCUCUAUGGGUGAAGCACCAGCAUUCCUUGUUGAUGACCUUCAAGAUGGACCUCUUAAUGGUCUUGAAUUGAAUAAUGGAACUUGCAAAACAACUACUGUCGUUGGCGAAAAAACGUAUGUCACUGUUGGAGCUGAUGAUGGAACUUUGUCCAUUGACGUUCAAAUUUUUGACCGUAGUCUUGGAGAAUGGGUUCACCCAACUGUGCUAGGCACCAAACCCUUGUCAUGCAAUGGACACUCAGCCGUGCUUUUCGAAAACCGGAUCCUAGUUCUUAAGAAGGGUUCCAAAUCAGAUGACCAGAUAUGGUUUCUAGAGGUGGACACUGAAUAUGUUAGGCAGCAGCGGAAAAAAUUGGGGACUGAGGUGGUUGCUUGGAGUAAGGGUGUGAUAGGCAAUGCUGAGAAACCUAUUGUUAUUAGUGGUCCUUCUGGAGUUGGUAAAGGAACACUGAUAUCAAUGCUCAUGAAGGAAUUCCCUUCGAUGUUUGGUUUUUCUGUGAGUCAUACAACCCGUGCUCCGAGAAAUAUGGAGAAAGAUGGGGUCCAUUACCAUUUUACCGAGAAGAGUGUGAUGGAGAAAGAGAUUAAAAGUGGAAAGUUUCUCGAAUUUGCUUCUGUCCAUGGUAAUUUGUAUGGGACCAGUGUUGAGGCUGUUGAAGUGGUAGCAGAUGCAGGAAAAAGGUGCAUUCUUGAUAUUGAUGUUCAAGGAGCAAGAUCUGUUAGGGCUAGUUCUCUUGAAGCCAUAUUCAUCUUUGUCUGUCCACCAUCAAUGGAAGAGCUUGAGAAGCGCCUUCGUGACAGAGGGACUGAGACUGAGGAACAGAUCCUGAAGCGACUGCGUAAUGCUCAGGCUGAGAUUGAGCAAGGAAAGUCUUCGAAUAUAUUUGAUUUCAUCUUAUACAAUGACAACCUUGAAGAGUGUUAUGACAGACUUAAGAAAUUACUGGGACUUGAUGGUUUUGUCGCAACUUCACCCAAAUCAGCAGCACCUAGAGAGAUUAAUCUACCAACAGAUCAUUCAGUGUCUAAAAUUGAUGACAAAAUCAUCAUAAGCUGCAUCUCUUCUGGACUUGACAAGGAGUCAAAGAAUUCUAUCAUGUUGGAUGUUUCCUCACUGAAAGGGGGUGCACCUGGAAGGACAAGAGGACUUGAUUUUCAAGUCAUAGGCUCUAUGGAUCAGCUUAGCUAACACUCUAUGAACUUUAGCCACAACUAACUUGGUUUUUCAUCAUUCUUAUUGUAACUUGCGAAAAUGCGACGCUCGAAAAGGCAUUAGAUUUAUGCAUUAGACAUUUUUUUUCACUCUUACCAGCGUUCUUUGAUUAUUUAUGGCAAUUGAAAUUGACUUGAGUAGUGUUGGUGAUGACACAUUAUUAUUCCCUGCAUGGGCAAUGAGAAGAUUUUUGUGAUUUCGUGUCUCUAGUAUAUUUCAUCAACAUAGAAAGCAUAAUAUUGUUGAACACUCCUAGUAUGAGUAUGUACACCUUGUGUCUGGCUAGAUAAGGUGUUUCAA